UUUGAAAUACUUGGGUUGACGUCACUAAACUUUUCAAGAAGCGGUGCGCGCUGCCCGCGUUUGUGAAGAGAGACGGAACAGAGCCGCUCAUGAACGAGAGAGCUGGGCGACAAGGAGACCGUACAAAACAAGGAAUCUUUCACUUCAUUUGGAAAGAGGGAACUGAUGAGUCAGAGGGGAGGUUAGAUGAGUGACAGACACUACUAGUGGGUUCCAGUUCCAGACACACAAAUCCAAAUCAAGAAGGUACAUUUAUCUUCCUCUCAUCACAACAUGUUCCCUGAACAUUUCAUAAAGGCUCCUGAUCCACUGCAGAGCCCUGGUCUCAGUACCACCAGAGAAGCCAUCGCAGUAUGAACCGAGCUUUCAACAGGAGAAAAGAUAAAUCUGGAGGGAUGACACCCCCCGAGGCUUUGGCCAAGAAUCACAUGGCUUACAAUGUCAAGUUCCUUGGCGUAACAGAGGUUGACCAACCAAAAGGCACAGAUGUCAUAAGGAUUGCAGUGAGAAAGCUGAAGUUCCAAAGGCAUAUCAAGAAAUCAGAGGGACACAAAACACCGAAGGUGGAGCUGCAGGUAUCCAUCUACGGAGUGAAAUUAUUAGACCCCAAGACCAGAGAUGUACAGCACAACUGUCAGCUUCAUAGGAUAUCCUUCUGCGCGGACGACAAAACGGACAAGAGGAUAUUCACCUUCAUCUGCACAGAGCCAGAGACCAAAAAACACAUCUGUUAUGUGUUCGACAGUGAAAAAUGUGCAGAGGAGAUCACCGUCAGCAUUGGUCGAGCAUUUGACCUGGCGUACAGGAAGUUUCUGGAGUCUGGCGGGAAAGACGUGGAGAUGAGGAAACAGAUCGGCAGUCUGCAGAAAAGAGUUCUGGAACUGGAAACUGAAAAUUCCAAGUUGAAAGAACAACUGCAAGAUCUAGAGGAUCACAUGGCAGAUUGUCAAGGCUCACCGCUUCUACACUUCAACUCUUCUAACGAGGCCCACAUGCUGCCGAGUCCCUCGUCUAAGUUCUGGGGUGACAGUGUCAGCCUGAACGCCCUUUCCUUUCUAGAGAUGUCCUCUGUGGCUCUAACCCCAGCCAGCUCUCCAGACUCCAGUAUCUCCACUGGUCUACUAACCCCUCCACCCAGUAAACCUACCCAGCCCAGGCUACCGCAGCAUUAUGGAUGUUGCUUACCUCGACCGCGAGCAUGGAGCACCAUAUCCAGGCGUCCGCCGACGGACGUUUUCGACAUGGUUCCAUUCUCCUCAGGGUCUCCUAUGGCAAGGAAACCUGCCAUCAAUGGGUCCUCUCCUCCUCCUCCCUCCUUUUCCCCUCCUCCACCUCCUCCACAUGUUUUCCUGAAAGAGAGAGGAACAGAUAUUUUGGGGGUGGAGCCUUUUGACCCGUUCCUCUGCAACACAUCCUUUCCUCCUGACGUCCAAUCUAAACUGGAUGAAAUGCAGGAGGGGUUCAAUAUGGGACUAACCUUGGAGGGCACCAUCUUCUCUCUGGACCCAGUGGACAGUCACUGUUGACCCCAACGCAACCCUAACAUGGACAGUUGAUGACCCCAAUGCUUUCCUUUUGUAGACAUAAUUUAAUUGGUAAAGAAGUAUUUGUAUAAAAUCAACAUUUCUGGGACCAUAUGUUGGGACUAUUUGCAUUGUUUUAAAUGGUGACCAAUGUCAUGAUAAAUGCACUGCAGUAGAUUACUAUUUUUCUACCCCAUAAAAAAAAUGUAUGUGUAAUUUUUUUGUUUGUGGGGGGGUGCAUUGAUUUUGUCAUUUGGAUUAUUGUACAGUCAUUAUAUGUGAUUAGUGGUUGGCAAGAUUGGAAGACAAUUAGCUCAUUGACUUCCUCUCAUUUUAUAGACGCAUGCCCUUCCUUGCACUUUAACAAAUAUUUUUCUGUAUAAUUUUGCACCAGGAAGCUCUUUUUAAAUGACUUACCUUUCCUUUCAUUGUUGUUCAUCAAUAAAUGUUGUGUUGGUUAGAGAGGUAAAGAUAUUUGUUUGGCGCCAGCCAGGUAUUAACCCUGCCGAAAGGAAAAGCACAGGGGUAACCCAACCAAUAAUACCUCAUACAAUAAUAAUGGCAGAGCAAUUUAAAAGGCAAUGUCAUAUAAACAAUUGACAAGAAAGAACCCAGUCAUGACCCUUAGAGAAUUUGCAAUAUUUGGUAUUACCUGGGAGUAAUGAGUGUGUUCAAAGACAAAACAAAUAAAGCCUUAAAAUGUCCAAAAAUC